CUCUGCCAACCUGUUCUCUCAGCUUUGGUGUCGAGAUGGCAGCCAUUGACGAGGACGCGCCGCAGCUGGAGUUCUUGUUCAAGGUCAUCUUGGUGGGAGAAGAGGGGACGGGCAAGACAGCAAUCAUCAACCGGUAUGUGCGGGAUGUGUUCAAGGAUUUCCGCGCUACGAUCGGAGUCGACUUUGCGCUCAAAGUUCUUGAGCUGGAUGCCAACACCGUUGUGAGGCUGCAGCUGUGGGACAUUGCCGGGCAGGAGCGGUACGGCAAGAUGCUGCGGGUGUACUACAAGGCGGCCGUCGGCGGCUUUGUGGUCUUUGACGUCACGCGGCCGGCCACCUUUGAGCGGGUCAAGUCGUGGAAGAAAGAUAUUGACGACAAAGUCCACCUUGCCGACGGCUCGCCCAUUCCGGUCGUCCUCCUCGCCAACAAGUGCGAUCUGAAGGACUCGGUCGAGGUCAACCUGGAUCCUGAAGAGAUGCAGCGGUUCUGCGACGAGUACGGCUUUGCCGGCUGGUUUGAGACCUCGGCCAAGACUGCGCGCGGCAUUUCCGACGCCGGCCGCUUCCUUGUUCACCACAUUCUCGAGAACGAGGCCAAGGUCAACGUGGCCCCGCAACAAGUACUCGAUCCCUCGGUCGUCUACCUCUCACAGGAGCCGCCCAAGAAGGAGUCCAAGGGCUGCUGCGGCUAGACGCCCGCGAGGGCGUGCUCGCUGGGUUGGGGAAUAGUAAAGCAAAAGUGGAAGAGCG